AUGAGGACCCUCGCCCUCCUCGCAGCUCUUCUCCUCUUGGUCUUCCAGGCCCAGGCUAAGCCCCUGGGAGAGAAAGAUGACCAGGUUCCAGCCCGGGACGAGCCUGGGGCCAAGGUUCCGGACACGAUCAUCUCCUUUGAGGGGGAUGAACGCGCCACUCGACAGGUUUCAGGCCAUAAGAAACCAAAGUUGUGUGUCUGCCGAGUCCUACCCUGCUUCUGUUUGUGAGCACCAGUCUGGGACCUGCACCGGUACCUUCUCUGGUGACCCCUGCAGGCUUUGCUGUCAUCCCUGAGCUUUGUGGAUUAAAACCCAAAGCUACAUUUGAAGACCCGAAAAGGGUUUUCUCUUUGUACUUUGUACCUUUUUCUUAUUUCUUUCUCCAAAAUAAACUUUAAGCAUUGAA